AGGGUCAGAGCCGGGACGGGCGGGAGGACCAUGACCCCGGGGCUGCCCUUGCUGCUGCUGGCAUUGGUGCUGCGGGGGGGGUUGGGGACUCCCCCUGUGUCACCCCCCGGCCCCCUGGCCUGUGGGCCCAUGACACUGGUCACCGUCCUGGGGCGGCUGCGGGAGCUGGAGCGACAAGUGCGGGCGCUGCAGGGACAGUGCGGGGACAGCCAGGGACCCCAGGCUGGCACUGGACAGACUCUGGCUCGGGAGCUCUGUCCCCCCCGAGAUGGGGACAGCUGUGGCUGCCCUUCUGCCCCCACCCCCCCUGCUGCCCCUCCUGUCCCCCCCGCUGUCCCCUGUCCCCUCUCCUGCAGUGACCAGGGCCGCUGCCACGCCGGGCGCUGCCGCUGCUUCCCUGGCUUCACGGGUCCCGUCUGUGCCACCCCCGCCUGUCCCCCUGGCCGUGGUGGAGACCACUGCCACCUGGAGAUCCCCUCAGUGACACCACGCUUGGCUGCCCGCAACCAGACAUCCUUCCGUGUGACCUGGCCCCGGCCGCCCGUGCCAGUGGAUGGCUACCAGGUGGCCCUUGUCCCUCUGGAUGAGCCAGCGGCGAUGACCACCCAUGAGCUGCCUGGCUCUGCUGUCACUUUUGAGGUGACAGGGCUGGCACCUGGCCAUGCUUUCGAGCUCUUCAUCCAGGCCCAACGGGAGCAGCAGCUCGGGGCCCCUGGGACCCUACGCAUCCGCACCCCACUUGGCCAGACUCUGCCAACCCACAGGGGGUCCCCAGGGUCCUCUCAGGGUUCCCUGGGGUCUCCAGCAUCACCAGUGGCCCCAGCAUCACCAUCAGCCCGAGGGUCUCCAGCAUCCCCAAGGUCACCAGUGUCCCUGGGAUCACCAGCAUCACCAGUGUCACUGGAUGAAUCCUUGGGGUCACCAGGGUCUUUGGGGUCACCAGCAUCUCCAAGGUUUCCAGUAUCUCAAGGGUUCCCAGCAUCCCCAAGGUCCCCAGUGUCACCAGAAUCCUCAGCAUCACCAGCAUCCCCAGGCUCACCUGUGUCCCCAAGGUUCCCUGAAGCACCAGCAUCCCCAGUGUCCCCCAGACCACAGUCCUCACCAUUUCCACAAUCCCCUGUGUCAACUCCAUCUCCAUGGUCCCCGGUGUCCCCAGCAUUGUCCCCCUUGCUACCGGGUGGCCCAUCCCUCCAUGACCUUGGGGCCAAGCUCUCCUCCUACAACGGGUCCUUGCUGCAGCGCCUGGAGAGCCACCUCCGGGCCACCAACUACCCCCUGCGAGGCAACCAGACAGUGGGGGCAGUGGCCCGUGCCAUCCUCUGGUACCUGCUGCGGCGCAGCCCAGCCCCACUGCGGCAGCAGCUCCUCCAGCAGACCCCCCACCUCAAGCCCCAGGUGCUGCCGGGGGCCUCAGGCGAGGCUCUGGUGGACCUGGAGGGGUUGCAGGGCCAUGCAGACAUGGUGGUGAUCCGGUACCAGCCCCUGGGGGAGCCAGGGGGGGCUGAGGGGGAGCUGCGGGUGCCGGGGGACACGGCAGUGGCCCGGGUGCCGGGGCUGGUGCCAGGGGCCCUGUACCGGGUGGAGGUGCACGGCGUGGUGAGGGGACAUGUCUCCAAGUCCUACACAGCCCUGGUGACAGCAGGGGGUGGUGGCACAGAGGAACCCCCACAGGACUGGGACCACACAGAUGAGAUAGAGCUGACGGAGCCCCAAGGGGCCAUGGCCAAAGCAGUGCCAACCCCACCCUCAGAGGAACCACCACUCCGGCCCCGCCUGGGCGGGCUCAUGGUCUCCAAGGUCACACCCAGCUCCAUCCAGCUGGAGUGGAGUGUCCCUGAGGGCACCUUUGACUCCUUCACAGUGCAGUACAGGGAUGACCAAGGCCAACCCCAGGCGCUUGCGGUCGAUGGCGGAUCCCGCACGGUGACCGUGCCGGGGCUGUCCCCAUCCCGCCACUACAAGUUCAACCUGUACGGGGUGUGGGGCCGGAAACGGAUUGGUUUGAUCUCCACCAGUGCCAUCACAGCUGCAGCCCCGCCAGAGGAGGAAGCAAGCCCAAAGCCAGUCCUGGGGGAGCUCAGGGCCUCCCAGGUCAGCCCCGACUCGGUGCAGCUGGAGUGGAGCGUCCCCGAGGGCACCUUUGACUCCUUCACGGUGCAGUACAGGGAUGCCCAAGGCCAGCCCCAGGUGCUGCCCGUGGACGGGGGUUCCCGCACGGUGACCGUGCCGGGGCUGUCCCCGUCGCGCCGCUACAAGUUCAACCUGUACGGGCUGUGGGGCCGGACACGGCUGGGCCCCGUCUCCACCGACGCCGUCACAGCUGCAGCCCCGCCAGAGGAGGAAGCAAGCCCAAAGCCAGUCCUGGGGGAGCUCAGGGCCUCCCAGGUCAGCCCCGACUCGGUGCAGCUGGAGUGGAGCGUCCCCGAGGGCACCUUUGACUCCUUCACGGUGCAGUACAGGGAUGCCCAAGGCCAGCCCCAGGUGCUGCCCGUGGACGGGGGUUCCCGCACGGUGACCGUGCCGGGGCUGUCCCCGUCGCGCCGCUACAAGUUCAACCUGUACGGGCUGUGGGGCCGGACACGGCUGGGCCCCGUCUCCACCGACGCCGUCACAGCUGCAGCCCCGCCAGAGGAGGAAGCAAGCCCAAAGCCAGUCCUGGGGGAGCUCAGGGCCUCCCAGGUCAGCCCCGACUCGGUGCAGCUGGAGUGGAGCGUCCCCGAGGGCACCUUUGACUCCUUCACGGUGCAGUACAGGGAUGCCCAAGGCCAGCCCCAGGUGCUGCCCGUGGACGGGGGUUCCCGCACGGUGACCGUGCCGGGGCUGUCCCCGUCGCGCCGCUACAAGUUCAACCUGUACGGGCUGUGGGGCCGGACACGGCUGGGCCCCGUCUCCACCGACGCCGUCACAGCCCCGCCAGAGGAGGAAGCAAGCCCAAAGCCAGUCCUGGGGGAGCUCAGGGCCUCCCAGGUCAGCCCCGACUCGGUGCAGCUGGAGUGGAGCGUCCCCGAGGGCACCUUUGACUCCUUCACGGUGCAGUACAGGGAUGCCCAAGGCCAGCCCCAGGUGCUGCCCGUGGACGGGGGUUCCCGCACGGUGACCGUGCCGGGGCUGUCCCCGUCGCGCCGCUACAAGUUCAACCUGUACGGGCUGUGGGGCCGGACACGGCUGGGCCCCGUCUCCACCGACGCCGUCACAGCUGCAGCCCCGCCAGAGGAGGAAGCAAGCCCAAAGCCAGUCCUGGGGGAGCUCAGGGCCUCCCAGGUCAGCCCCGACUCGGUGCAGCUGGAGUGGAGCGUCCCCGAGGGCACCUUUGACUCCUUCACGGUGCAGUACAGGGAUGCCCAAGGCCAGCCCCAGGUGCUGCCCGUGGACGGGGGUUCCCGCACGGUGACCGUGCCGGGGCUGUCCCCGUCGCGCCGCUACAAGUUCAACCUGUACGGGCUGUGGGGCCGGACACGGCUGGGCCCCGUCUCCACCGACGCCGUCACAGCUGCAGCCCCGCCAGAGGAGGAAGCAAGCCCAAAGCCAGUCCUGGGGGAGCUCAGGGCCUCCCAGGUCAGCCCCGACUCGGUGCAGCUGGAGUGGAGCGUCCCCGAGGGCACCUUUGACUCCUUCACGGUGCAGUACAGGGAUGCCCAAGGCCAGCCCCAGGUGCUGCCCGUGGACGGGGGUUCCCGCACGGUGACCGUGCCGGGGCUGUCCCCGUCGCGCCGCUACAAGUUCAACCUGUACGGGCUGUGGGGCCGGACACGGCUGGGCCCCGUCUCCACCGACGCCGUCACAGCUGCAGCCCCGCCAGAGGAGGAAGCAAGCCCAAAGCCAGUCCUGGGGGAGCUCAGGGCCUCCCAGGUCAGCCCCGACUCGGUGCAGCUGGAGUGGAGCGUCCCCGAGGGCACCUUUGACUCCUUCACGGUGCAGUACAGGGAUGCCCAAGGCCAGCCCCAGGUGCUGCCCGUGGACGGGGGUUCCCGCACGGUGACCGUGCCGGGGCUGUCCCCGUCGCGCCGCUACAAGUUCAACCUGUACGGGCUGUGGGGCCGGACACGGCUGGGCCCCGUCUCCACCGACGCCGUCACAGCCCCGCCAGAGGAGGAAGCAAGCCCAAAGCCAGUCCUGGGGGAGCUCAGGGCCUCCCAGGUCAGCCCCGACUCGGUGCAGCUGGAGUGGAGCGUCCCCGAGGGCACCUUUGACUCCUUCACGGUGCAGUACAGGGAUGCCCAAGGCCAGCCCCAGGUGCUGCCCGUGGACGGGGGUUCCCGCACGGUGACCGUGCCGGGGCUGUCCCCGUCGCGCCGCUACAAGUUCAACCUGUACGGGCUGUGGGGCCGGACACGGCUGGGCCCCGUCUCCACCGACGCCGUCACAGCUGCAGCCCCGCCAGAGGAGGAAGCAAGCCCAAAGCCAGUCCUGGGGGAGCUCAGGGCCUCCCAGGUCAGCCCCGACUCGGUGCAGCUGGAGUGGAGCGUCCCCGAGGGCACCUUUGACUCCUUCACGGUGCAGUACAGGGAUGCCCAAGGCCAGCCCCAGGUGCUGCCCGUGGACGGGGGUUCCCGCACGGUGACCGUGCCGGGGCUGUCCCCGUCGCGCCGCUACAAGUUCAACCUGUACGGGCUGUGGGGCCGGACACGGCUGGGCCCCGUCUCCACCGACGCCGUCACAGCCCCAGCUCCACCAAAAGAAAAGCCACCAACCAAGCCCCGCCUGGGCGAGCUCAUGGCCCCUCACGUCACCCCCGACUCGGUGCAGCUGGAGUGGAGCGUCCCCGAGGGCACCUUUGACUCCUUCACGGUGCAGUACAGGGAUGCCCAAGGCCAGCCCCAGGUGCUGCCCGUGGACGGGGGUUCCCGCACGGUGACCGUGCCGGGGCUGUCCCCGUCGCGCCGCUACAAGUUCAACCUGUACGGGCUGUGGGGCCGGACACGGCUGGGCCCCGUCUCCACCGACGCCGUCACAGGUUCCCCAGGGACGCUCUGGGUGGGGUCCGUGUGGCCCCGCAGUGCCCGCCUGCACUGGGACCCCCCACACACAGUCCCUGAGGGCUACGACCUCAUCUAUGGCCCCCCUGAAGGGCCUCGGCAGAUGCUGCAGUUGCCCCCCGAGCCGAUGUCCCACCACCUGUGGGGCCUGGAGCCAGGCAGGCACUAUGAAGUGCAGCUGCGGCAGCGGGGGGGACAUCCCCCUUCAGCCCCCCUGGAGACCACCGUGGACACUCCCCCCCUCCCCCACCCGCACCCCCGGGACUGCGCUGAGGAGCAGCUGAAUGGACCAGGGCCUUCACGUGAGACCCUCAUCUUCCUCAGAGGAGACCCCAGGAGACCCCUGCGUGUCUUCUGUGACAUGGAGACAGACGGCGGCGGCUGGCUGGUUUUCCAGCGCCGGCAGGACGGGGGCACCGACUUCUGGCGUGGGUGGGACGAUUAUGUCCACGGCUUCGGCAACGUCAGCGGAGAGUUCUGGCUGGGGAACGCGGCGCUGCACGAGCUGACAGCCGAGACCCCCACGGAGCUGCGCGUGGACCUGCGGACCCCCCGGGACGGGGCCUUCGCCCGCUAUCGCGACUUCGUCGUGAGCGGCCCCGAGGAGCAUUAUCGGCUGGGGCUGGGGUCCUACAGCGGCACCGCUGGGGACGCGCUGUCCUACCACGCCGGCAGCCCCUUCUCCACGCGGGACCGGGACCCCCGCGGCCGCCCCCGACCCUGCGCCGUGUCCUACACGGGGGCCUGGUGGUACCACAACUGCCACUACGCCAACCUCAACGGGCGCUACGGGACCCCCCACCAGCACCAGGGCAUCAACUGGUUUCCUUGGAAAGGCUUCGAGUUCUCCAUCCCCUUCACUGAGAUGAAGCUGCGGCCGCAGCGCGACUGAGGGGCCCCGGGGGUCCCGGGGGGGGGGACACCCAGGAAGGA